UGUAGCCGCAUCAGCCCCUGGGUUGUCAUCUACUACAGCAGCAGCUUCUAAUAAGACAAAUAAACCAGAUUCAGAGAGAUAUUUCUCGUCAAGAACAGUGAUGUGAUCCCUGUUGGAUGCUAACAGUUAGUCUUCACCUCCUCUGGACUGAAGUUUAUCAUUUAAUUAAUAUAAACAGUGUGUUAAAGUGAGUAUUUCGUUAGCCGUGCUAGCCGCGUUAGCCGCUAACCCACCUUCUCCUGCCGGCGUCACUUCCUUCUUUUGAAAAUCGCGGCCACAAAUUAACAGAAAUGGAGCUUCAGUUGGGCAGUGAACCCAUGACUCUUGGCUCCCCCACCUCCCCUAAACCCGCCUCGGGGGCUCAGUUCCUGCCCGGGUUCCUGAUGGGCGACCUGCCAGCGCCCGUGACCCCUCAGCCCCGCCCCUUCAGCUUGGCCUCACCCAUCCUGGACAGCACAGUAACAGCAGGAGGAGGAAGCUCCGCCCCUCAGCCGGUUGUUCCCACCCCCAAAGACAAGAGCGGAGCCCCCCCUGUUCGCAGUAUCCAUGACGACCUGGCGACUGUAAUGACUCCUCUAGCGGCACAUAGACAGUCUUUCCCGGUGAUGCAGUCCCCUCUGUCUGCCCGCCAGGCGUCCACUCCAGGAGCAAGCGUCCAGCAGCUGUGUCUGUCUCCGGCCCAGGUGGACCCAUUCUACAGUCAGGGAGAAGCUCUGUCAUCUGAGGACCAGCUGGACCAGACCUGGGUCACCGUGUUCGGGUUUCCUCCGGCAUCGGCCUCCUACAUCCUGCUGCAGUUUGCUCAGUAUGGAAACAUCCUGCGACAUUCGAUGGCAUCUCCCGGCAACUGGAUGCAUCUUCAGUAUCAGUCGCGGCUUCAGGCCAGAAAAGCUUUGUCUAAAGACGGGAAAGUGUUCGGAGACGCCAUCAUGGUGGGAGUGAAACCCUGCAUCGACAAGAGUGUGAUGGAGAGCAGCGACGCCGUGUCUACACCCCUCUCCUCCUCCUUCAUUAACUCCUCCACCCUCCCUUCCACCCCUCGCUCUGCCCUCCGACCGCUAAGCUCCGCCUACAGGACGCCCAGCGGCGACUACCAGGUGGUGGCAGACAGACAGACGCCCAGGAAGGACGACAGCUUCGUUUCCAAGGCGAUGGAGUACAUGUUUGGAUGGUGACACGAUCGGUGGUGGACUCACUACAGUGUGUGUGUGUGUGUGUGUGUGUAUGUUUGUGCGCAUGUGCUUGCAUGUGUGCGUACGUUUGUGUGUUUUAUAAUCUGUUUUUUAAUGUUUCUGACUCAAUAAAGCUCCUCUGAUUUAAUAUUCA